AUGGCGGGCGUGGGGGGACGAGCUCCUCUGGGGUUCCAGCGGUGGCUGUCCUCACCCGUCCCGGCUCCUCGUGUCUGUGUGGUGGGCAGCGGGCCCGCGGGGUUUUACACGGCUCAGCAUAUCCUCAAGCACCAUGGUGGGGCCCGAGUGGACAUCUAUGAGAAGUUGCCUGUUCCCUUUGGGCUCGUCCGUUUUGGGGUGGCCCCAGACCACCCUGAAGUGAAGAAUGUGAUCAAUGCCUUCACGCAGACGGCACGCUCGGAGCGCUGCGCCUACUACGGAAACAUCACUGUGGGGAGGGACGUCGCGGUGGCAGAGCUGCAGCAGGCGUACCACGCCGUGGUGCUGAGUUAUGGUGCUGAAGAUAACCGGGUCCUGGGGAUCCCAGGGGAGAACCUCUCCGGUGUUUAUUCAGCCCGAGCAUUCGUGGGCUGGUACAACGGGCUGCCUGAAAACCGGGAUCUGAAGCCUGACCUGAGCUGUGAGACGGCGCUGAUUCUGGGUCACGGCAAUGUGGCACUGGACAUUGCCCGGAUCCUCCUGUCCCCGCUGCAUCUCCUCAGGAAGACGGACAUCACUGACAGCUCCCUGGCAGCUCUCGCCUGCAGCAAGGUGAAGCGCGUCUGGCUGGUUGGGAGGAGGGGACCUCUCCAAGUGGCUUUCACUAUCAAGGAGCUGAGGGAGAUGAUAAACCUGCCUGGUGCCAGACCUGUCCUGAACCCUGCUGACUUCACAGGCCUCGAAAAUGCUGUGAAAGAUGCCCCCAGGCCUAGGAAGCGACUGACUGAGCUGAUGAUCAAAACAGCCCUAGAGAAGCCUGGGGAGAAGAUGAUGGAGGUGCAGGCAGCAGCCCCCCGGGAGUGGGGCCUGAAGUUCCAGCGCAGCCCCCAGGAGGUGCUGCCCACCACUAAUGGGAGGCAGGCGAGGGGCGUCCGCAUGGCCCUGACCCGCCUGGAGGGGACCGGAGGAGGCUGCUGCUUUGCAUCUGGUGACCGUCUGGUGGUCAGCAGCCUCUUCCUCCCUCUCUCAGGGCUCGGGUGACUCUGCCAAUUCGACACCCAGCGCGGCGUUAUCCCCAACAGCUCGGGCAGAGUGGAGGGUGUCCCAGGUCUGUACUGCAGCGGGUGGGUGAAGAGAGGACCUACGGGUGUGAUCAUCACCACCAUGAACGACAGCUUUGACACUGCCCAGUCUGUGCUGGAGGAUCUCCAGGCGGGUGUGCUGGACAUGUCUGCCCCCAGAGAAGGCUUUGGGGCCGUGGAGAGCAUCCUGCGCAGCCGAGGGGUCCGUCCCGUUUCCUUCUCAGACUGGGAGAAAAUAGAUGCUGCUGAAGUGGCAAGAGGCAAAGCUGCUGGCAAACCCCGGGAGAAGAUAGUGGAUCCUCAGGAGAUGCUGCAGUUGAUCGGUCACUAAAGCAGCAGCAAUGGGAAUGUGGCACUGGUCCAGCCCAUACUGUCUUGGGGCAAUGCCGGUGGCUUACAGGCAGGGCCCGGGGGCACAGGGCUUGUGCCCGCUCUGGAGAGGUUUGUGACAUUUGAGCCUCUCUAGUAACGAUGAACUCUGGGUUUCUAAAGUUUUGAAACACUUUUCAAAACAUCUGAGGCUGCUGGCUGGCCCUGCAUCUCUGCAGCCGGCUGCUGCACCUGGGGCAAUUCUUGUCAUUUGGGUGCUUCGAGCAUUAACAAAUUGGCCGGUGCAGGUGAGGGGAGAUGUGCCCCUGGCAGGAGUCCUGGCCAGGUGCUUUCCCCACAGCAAGUCACACAGAGAAACUUCCUUGUGUCUUGCUGCCUCCCCUUCAAGCCUCAAGCCAAAUGGCUCCCUUGCCUUGUCAUUUGUGCCUGAGCAGGCUUCUUUUAAUGAUAAUUGUUUUUUAAAUAAACCCUUCCAAGAAAGCCAAAUUAGACCUGCCGCUUGAGUCUGGCUUCUUUGUCUGUGAGUGCCUUAAUCUCGGAGCAGCCAGGCGAGUGCCGCGUCUCCUGCAACGUGUCCCAAGGCAAGGCAGCUCCUCUCGCACAGGGAGGGACCCUUUGCUCUCCGCUUGUUGUGAGCUCUAAACAAACAGACUAGGGCAUUAAUUUGCUUUCUGCCUCCCACAGUUAAACCCUGGCAGAGCCUGGGUCCUAGCUCAUGGGGUGGAUUGGGAUAACAAGCGUGUAAUUGCCUUGUUCCGGAUCAUGAGGGAUCCUGUGUUCCUUGGUACCUGCCAGCGCUGACUGGUGCAAGCACUUCAUUCACUGGUGGGUUGGGGGUUUUUUUGGUGCAUUUUGAAGCUUAUUAAAUGCUUCUCUUAGCCCAAAUUGACUACAGUGAUGGUGUCAGGUUUUAAACCAGAUUACAAGCCAUGACCCAUAAUCUCCUCUUUAUCUGUGGUGCAGGGGCCACAUCAGCAUGGCCACCCACGCUGUCCCUGACCCCCACACUCCCUAUGGGAGCGCUGCGGG